GGAGGAGCGGAGCCGCCGGCGAGCGGAGCGUGUGGGGCGGCGGAGGGGAGGCGGGCGGGCUGGUGUGAGCUCUGAGGCCGUCGGAGCCAAUCGAAAGCUGGGGUUUGAUCCUCUCCUCGGGCAGUGGCUGCGCGGAGCCAGUGCCGGGCUCCCCUCCGCCGCCGGGACCCGGGGCAAAGCCGCCCGGCUCUCUCCCCGCGCCGCGCUCCCACGCUGAGCGCCUAUGGGCGUCUGCAGCCGGCGACAGCGUCGCACCACCGCCGCCGCCAGCAGCAGCCGCAGCAGCAGCAGGAGCGGCCGACGACCGCUACCCCGCUCCAUCACUCCCUGGGAUCUAUAGCCGGCAGGACGGAGCACGCUGCAGACUCUUCCCCGCCUCCGUGCAGGAUGAUUUGGAGAUUUGCCUUGUCCAUUCUUCUGAUGGCAGCACUGGUUCGAGUAACAGACACCAGGAAAAACCGUCCUGCAGGCGCCAUUCCCUCCCCUUACAAAGACAGCAGCAGCAACCACUCCGAGCGGAGGCAGCAGCUGAAUAAGGAGGUGCUGGCCUCCAGCCAGGAGGCCCUCGUAGUCACCGAAAGGAAGUACCUGAAGAGUGACUGGUGCAAGACACAGCCCCUGCGGCAGACUGUCAGUGAGGAGGGCUGCAUAAGCCGCACCAUCAUCAACCGCUUUUGCUAUGGGCAGUGCAACUCCUUCUACAUACCACGGCACGUCAAAAAGGAGGAGGAAUCCUUUCAGUCCUGUGCUUUCUGCAAGCCCCACAAGGUCACUUCUUCAACUGUACAGCUGGAGUGCCCUGAGCUGGACCCACCUUUCCGACUCAAGAAAAUUCAGAAGGUCAAGCAGUGCCGGUGCAUGUCUGUGAAUCUUAACAACUCAGGCAAACUGUGA